UUGUUUAGAUAAAUGUAUUUUUUCAGCGAUCUGUUACAACAAGAACCUGGAGAUUCUCCGAGUUUGAGUACAUCACAUGGUUUGAUAAACCUCUCCAGCAACUUCUCUUUUGAACUACUGUAUUAAUACCAAGUGCAAACCUAGUAACUCUAGCGUCAAUAUCUCUUAAUCUAAACUUCUGCCCGGAUAGAUUCAUACACCAAACAUAGUCUCUAUCUUUCGGAGCCCGUUAGUUUAUUUCCUGAUUUAUAAAUUAGUGAAAUGUCCUGUAGUACGACGAAUACGAGUCUGCAGAAUGUAUAUCCAAUUCAGACAUUUUUACCCUAAACAAGUUUUAAGCAAGCAUUUGAUAUUUUUUUAUUUUAAAAAUAGAGAUUUAUGACUUGUGACCACUUGAUUCAGUGGAAAACUUCCAUUAGCGACAGAAAAUCGAUAUUUUCUACACAGACUUUAAGCUCAUAUAUCGAAUAUCUAAAUUGAAAUCCAAUUUUAUUUUUAUAAAUUCACUUUUCUGAGAAAGUAUGGUGUAAAUCGACCUAAAGCGAACGACUCUUAUUAAAAGACACCAUUUUUUGUGCAAAAUUUUUAACUGUUAAUACUAAACUACAUUUAUAUAGUGCAUCAGUUUUCAGCCUUAUAUUCAUACCUGGAAAAGGCUUGUAUUUCAUUAUCAUGAGGAAUUUAUUAUCGCAUACAUACAAACUACUAUUCCAGUCAGCAAACCUAGUAUCUUGCUGAAUUGACACUUGAGUUUUAUACACUAAAGGGUGGCUAAUUUUAGAUAUCCUUGCAAAAUUCUUAGAAACCACUAACUAUCAAAUAGCUUAGCUCGGCAACUCUUGAAAUAAGUUAGUGAUUCAGGGCACGAAGUCCAGGCAACAAUCCACAGCACAACCUCUAUUAAUUUUAACUUUGUCUUGCUUUCUCCAUUGUGAACUGACAUCUGAUAUUCAAAAAGUUUUAAGACAAUGUUUUGGAAAUUCAUAUUUGUUCUCAACCUGUUUUCUACUUUGUAUACAAUUUACAUCUUAGAUUUUACUUUAUUGUAUCUUUUCUUUUCCUGUUUUAUCUUUCUUAUCCUCACUUCUUCUAAUUCUUCUAAUACAAAUCCCCCGUUCUUUUUCAAUGACCUGUUCUGUUCAUCUCAUUUGAGUAACAAUAUCCUUUUGAUACAAUGUCAGAACCUGCUAAAAGUUUGUUUAAAUAACGUAUAUUGUGAAUAUCUUUAUGCUUAUUUCAAUGUAAAUCCGUCAAAGAAAAUGGAAACAACCAAUAUUUGUCAUUAAAAUAUUGGAUAUUUCCGUUCAACCCUUUGAUUGAGGAGAAACCUACAGUUUAAGUAUCCAGCCUUGAACCCAUCUGGUUCUGGUUAGAAUAGUGUGAUUCUGAGAUGAAUGAAUGUAUUAUUAAAUGAAUGUACUGUUGUCAAUUUUUUAUUACGUUAUUUCCGAUUAUGUUCGGGCACAUGUUUCAUUAAAUUCAUAACGCCAUAAUACAUGAUAUAGUAUGGAAUUAUCUUCAUAAUAUCCAUUUCGUUUUCUUUUAAAAAUCCUUUCUUUUUUCAUAUUUUAAGAAUAUUAUAUUUUGUAUAAGACCGGGGUUUUUAUUGAUUUAAAGAGAGUCUGUACUUUCAUAAAAAUUUAGAUCAAAUUCUCUUUUUGAGAUCGAAGUAUUUUCAUGCAUGUGUUUCCUUGUGAACGGUUUAGAUAUUAGGGGUUUAAGUAUUUGUUUUGUUUCCCCCUUUCAUUGUUGAAGGGGAUCGCUUAAAAGUUUAUAAUUGAAAGUCGGAUUAGUUUAAACCUCACUAUACCACACGAUGCAGGCCAGGGGUCAGAAAAAAUUUCAAUAUCUACCAGCUCCAAGCUGUAAAUUGUGUAAAUGAAAUUUCAGAACAUCUUCAAAAUGUUGUCUCCAACAUUCGUAUCUGCUCCGCACUCUUUUUCCCAGAUAUAUGAUCCCUGCUCUGGUCAGUACGUGAAUAUCAACUCAUUUUCUGCCCUUAAUAUGUCAGUUCCAACCAUGAAGGCAGUUCGGGUUCACAGAUUUGGUGGCCCUGAAGUCUUGAGUCUAGAACAACAUGUUCCUAUUCCCCCUCUAAAGGAGAACCAGGUACUAGUUAGGGUUCUCUUUGCUGGAGUAAACCCUGUUGAAACCUAUAUUAGGGAAGGGCAAUAUUCACGUCUCCCUGAGCUUCCAUACACCCCUGGCUCAGAUGCUGCUGGAUACGUGCAUCAAGUUGGAAACGCUGUGACUAGCUUGAAGGUUGGUGAUAGAGUUUUCGUCGCCGGAACAUCUUCUAACACCGGGAGCUACGCGCAGUUUGUUGUAUCAGAUGAUACAUAUGUAUUUCCGCUUCAUGAGAGGUUGUCUUUCGCUCAGGGAGCAUCUCUUGGAGUACCAUUCUUCACUGCCUAUAAAGCGCUGAUACUUCGUGCCCAAACUAAACCAGGAGAGGUUGUUCUUAUCCACGGAGCUUCAGGAGCAGUCGGAACUGCGGCUGUUCAGAUUGCCAGAGCAAUGGGAACAACUGUAGUUGGAACUGCAGGGACUAAGGAGGGUAUGGAUGUUGUGUCUAGGUGUGGAGCGCACCAUGUUUUUAACCAUAACCACAAGUCUUAUGAGAAAAAGAUGGUUGAACACCUAGGAACUGGUUUCGAUGUGAUUAUUGAGCAUCUUGCCAAUAUAAACCUAGGGCACGAUCUACAGAUGUUGAAGCCUAGUGCCAGGGUCAUGGUAGUCGGAUGUAGAGGAGCCGUUAAUAUCAAUCCAAGACAUCUAAUGCUACCGGAGGCUAGCAUAAGGGGUGUAGCUCUGGGAACAUCUACACCUGCUGAAUGGUCUGAGAUGGGUGCUGCUAUUGUUGCUGGUAUAGAGGCGGGUUGGGUCAACCCUGUUAUAAACCAAGAGUAUACAAUGGAUGAAGUUCAACAGGUCCACCAUGAUAUUAUUCACUCUAAAGGAGCUAAAGGAAAACUUGUUAUCAGGGUGGUAGACGAAUGAUUCCUGUCAUACUAGGAAACAUUUCCUGAAAAAAUCAAAAGGCUGGUGGAUAACAAUGGCUAUUUGUGCUAGCUUGUUUGCAUAAUUGUUUUGUACAUAAUAUUGAUAAUUAUUGCUAUUUAAUUAUUGUCUAUACUCUGUGAUAUUUUUAUAUUUUUCUAGUUUAGAUAUUAUAUCAUACAAAUAAUUGCAUAUUCAGUCUUGCUUGGGUUAUAAAUUAAAUAAAGUAUCAGGUUGCUGGCUGGGUUGAAAUAUAUUGAUUAAUCUUAA